CAAUUUAUUUCAAGGUUCUCAUAUAUAACUCAUUUUCCUUCUCUCUAGCUUCUCCUCGAAAUCAGAGAGAAAGAAGCAGAGGAGGCAGGGCCAUCCAAAAGCAGAGCAGGGACUAUAUGGGUAAGAAGCGUGAUGCUCUGUUUGGAAGAGCCUUCAAGGCUUCAAAAUUCAAGCCACUCGUUAAUCUCGCCGUUUCUCGCCUCGCUGUCCUCCGGAUCCAGCGUCAAGUUCGCUUCAAACAAGCCCAUUCUGAUGUUCUCCAGCUUCUGCAACAGGGUUACCAUGAACGUGCUCUGCUUCGCGCUGAGCUUGUGGUCAAGGAGCAGAACUUGCUGGAUGUGUAUGAUAAGAUUGAAGGGUACUUGAACCUCUUAGUCGAAAGGAUCCACCUCAUUGAGGAAGAAAGAGAAUGCCCAGAAGAACUGAAGGAGGCUGCGUCGGGUUUACUGUAUGCGUCUUCAAGGUGUGGAGAAUUUCCAGAACUUCAAGAGAUUCGUACAGUCUUGACCACUCGCUUUGGGAAAGAGUUCGCUGCUCGUGCCAUUGAGCUGCGCAACAACUGUGGAGUCCCUCUUCAGAUAGUACAGAAGUUGUCAACGAGAAUGCCAAGCCCGGAAAGCAGAAUGAAGGCAGUCAAAGAAAUUGCUUCAGAGAAUAACAUUAUUCUGCAGCUCGACGAAGUCUCUUCUGGCAUAGUCGAGGGACCAUUGAAUGUGAAAAAUGAAAACCAACUAGGGCCUGAUAGACAAGAAAAGGAGAAUAUCGAUAAUUUAAGAAAUGGUGGAAAACAUGAUGAGCUUCCUGAUUCCAUUGAGGCAAGGAAAAAGUAUAAGGAUGUAGCCGAUGCAGCACAAGCAGCUUUCGAGUCAGCAGCGAAUGCGGCUGCUGCUGCAAGAGCUGCAGUUGAACUCUCACGAUCUGGAUCACACGAUCCUCCUCCCAAUUAUCACAACACUCCUGAUGAUGAUGCUCAUGUUAACUCUGGGGUAAUUAUCUCUCAAGUGUUUGACAGGGAAAUUGUCGCUCCCCCCGAUGAUCACAACACUUCUGAUGACAGUCGUGGUAACUCUGGGGAAGCAAUGUCUCACGUGGUAGACGAGCAAAUUGUCAAAGAAAAUCGAGGUGAGGAGUUUAAAAAGAGUGACAAAGAAGAAGCUGUGAGAGAGGCUGCAGUGUCAGUGGUUGCAGAAGUAGAUGCUCGUCCUGUUAAAGAGGAACCAGUUUUCGAUGAGAGUGAGAAGGAAGCAGAUUAUGAACAAGAGGGCAAACAAUCUUUGAAGCAGAUAUCUUCCAAGAGUCAUGAUGGUAAAGUGGCUGGUUUUGACACUGAGGAUACAAUUUUGAAGGCAGACCCAGGAUCCACCAAGAAGAAGAGCUCAUUGUCCAUGAACUUGGAACAGUUGAAGAAGCCAUUUUCAGUGAGGACUAAACGAGUAUGGGGAUUUUGAUUAAGGACGAGAGCGUGUAGUGUGUUAAUUUUCAUGUAGGACAGAAUGUUGUGAGAAUAUUUUAAGUAGAUCCGCAAAAGGAAACAGAGCAAGUUGAUUGUAGAGACGUGUAAAUAUCCCUAGCAUAUUUACAUGUAUUCACAUAACUCACUCUGGUUAUCUUUCAUAGAUCUGCUCCACUUAAACAUCUUCUCAAGUUUUGUUAAUAGCUUAGGCUAUGUGUUGAUUGCUUGGUCUGUUAAUUUUUUUUAAUCUUCUACUCCCCCAAGAAGGCAAAGUUGUUUUGGAUAGAGUGAGUUUAAGAAAUCGUUCAACA